AUGGCCGAGGCGGCAGGGUAUAAAACCAUUAAGCUCAAUGAUAACGGCAGGGAGAGUCAGUGGCUGUCCAGCCAUUCCUGCGGCAAGCAGGCGAGCAGCAGCCCUGCAGCACAGCCCCAACAGCCUCCGACCUCUUCAUCAGCAGGAGGGGAAGGGGUGCAAAGACCAGUCUACACGGGGAGCAGCGACACGUCUUCAGAGACCUCGGAGGACUCAGACGGCAGCCCUUCCUGCCCGCAGGUGAGCGGCCCUCGCUCAGAAGAAAACCUCAAUUACACAUCCCUUGUCUUCCCGGGGAAAGGCUGUGGGCCAGGCUCUCCUGGGGACUACGAGAACAUGAAGACUAGGGCGGACUACGUCAACGUGGACCCAAAGAAGAGGAAUGUGGAUUUCUGGCCCUGCUCCAGCCCCGUGGCAUCCAAGUCCAUCGAGUACACCGAGGUGAAGCUGUGA